AUGGGUAGCUUAACUGAUAAGGAUUAUGAUUAUAACCAAUUGAUAUUAGGUGAAGAAGCAUAUCUUGCAGGCGAUACUACACCCUUUCAAGUGUAUAAUGGUGUUAACCAUGUAACAAUGGAAGGCAUAAAGGUUAGAAACCUAUUUCAAAGAUUAAAGUUUCAAGAAGUUAGGCUCCAAGGUUCUCCAUGGGCACUUUGUUACUUUGGGAGUGUAAGUAGAGACCUGAAAGGGUUUCCAGUGGUUACAUUUUACUUUGCUGGAGGAGCAGUAAUAGGUUUGGACACACUAAACUUUUUUGUACAAGCUAAGGAUGAUGUGUUUUGUAUGAGUGUACAUCCAAGCCAUGAUCUUUCAGUCAUUGGGUUAUUAGCUCAGCAGAGUUACAAUGUGGGAUAUGACAAAGAUAAGGGCCUUAUUUACAUCGAAAGCAUUGAUUGCCAACUUCUUAGUAGCUGA